AUGACCGACACGACCACCGACAACAAGACCGACAAGCCAAACUACAAGAAGACCCUGAAUCUCCCAAAGACCUCCUUCCCGAUGAAGGCGAACCUCGUCCAGAACGAGCCCGCCUCGCUCAAACGCUGGGACACCCUCGCAGACAAGAAGGGCCUCUACCACGCAAUGCAAGAAACCUCCGAGGGACGCAAGAAGUUCGUCUUCCACGACGGCCCCCCCUACGCCAACGGCUCCAUCCACCUCGGACACCUCAUGAAUAAAACGCUCAAGGACCUCGUCGUCCGAAGCAAGUUCAUGGCCGGAUACCACUGCCCCUUCGUCCCAGGAUGGGACUGCCACGGCCUCCCCAUCGAGCACAAGGUCAUGACCGACCUCGUCGAAUCCGGGAAAGCCGCCAAACUCGACGGCCUCACCGACGACCAGCGCCGCACCGCCGUCCGCCGCGAGUGCAAGACCUACGCCGACAAACAAAUCAAACUCCAAGCCGGUCAAAUGAAACGACUCAUGACCGUCGCGGAUUACGAAGACCCCUACCUUACCUUCCUCCCACGCUACGAAGCGGGAGUCCUCGAAGUCCUCGCCGGACUCUGCGAACAAGGGCUCGUCUACAAAGCCCUCAAACCAGUCCACUGGUCCGUCGCCAACGAAACAGCCCUCGCCGAUGCGGAGCUCGAAUACCAGGACCGCGAAGACCUCUCCGUGUAUGUCGACUUCGAAGCCUCAGACGCGACUGCGGUGUUCAACGCGUUCGGUCUCGAUGAAGCCGACCAUCCCGGCGCGACCCCGAGCUUCAUGAUCUGGACCACAACCCCUUGGACACUCCCCGCGAACCUCGCGAUCGCGGUCCACGAGAAGUUCAACUACGCCCUCGUCCGAGUAGACGGCAACCUCACCGUCAUGGCCGUCGAUGCCAUCGAACGAGUCACAAAACUCGCCAAGAGUGAAGAAGUCGAAACCCUCGCGACUACCACAGGCGACAAACUCGUCGGACUGUCCUACGCGCACCCGUUCAUCAAGAACGCCCCCGCGCCGAUCAACGACCCAGACGCCGACACCAGCAACUGCUACUCCGUCGUCCACGCCGACUACGUCACCCUCGAAGACGGCUCAGGUCUCGUCCACACCGCGCCAGGACACGGUGCCGACGACUACCAAACCGGUCUCCGCGUCGGUCUCCCAGUCUACUGCCCAGUCCUCGUAGACGGCACCUACGACACCACCGCACCCGAUUGGCUCGUCGGCAUGUCCAUCUGGAAAGCCAACGACCUCGUCGCUCAGCGCCUCACUGAAUCGGGACACAUGUUCCACGCCUACAAGUUCAACCACUCCUACCCACACGACUGGCGCUCCAAGACCCCAGUCAUCUUCCGCUGCACCGAGCAGUGGUUCGUCGCCGUGGACCAACCGACCAAACGCGACGGCCACUCACUCCGCGAGAUGGCGAUGAAAUCCACCGGAGACGACCGCUCCGUCAAGUAUGUUCCUGCGUGGGGACGCAACCGCAUGCGAGGGAUGCUCGAGUCGCGCCCCGACUGGUGCAUCUCUCGGCAGCGAUCAUGGGGACUCCCAAUCCCCGCGUUCACGCUCCCGACUGGUGACGCGUUCAUGACCGCCGCCUCAGUCCAUGCCGUCAACGAGCUCAUCCGCGAGAAGGGAUCGGACCUCUGGUUCUCCGAGGACCCCGCAACCCUCCUCGCAAACUACAACCCAUCGGAAGACCCCGACGCCCCCGCUUCCCUCAAAGACGGCUCCGUCACCUUCGACCAGCUCACCAAAGGACAAGACAUCCUCGAUGUCUGGUUCGAGUCCGGCUCAUCCUGGAACGCCGUCAUGCGCCAGCGCUCAGGUGGUGAAGACUUCCCAGUCGAGCUCUACCUCGAAGGGUCCGACCAGCACCGAGGCUGGUUCCAGCUCUCGCUCCUCCCAGCACUCGGAGUCAUGGGACGCCCCCCAUUCCGUACCCUCCUCACCCACGGCUUCAUGGUCGACAAAGACGGCAAGAAACUCUCCAAGUCCGCCGGAGCCGCGCUCAAAGACCUCUUCGACCGCUACGGCGUAGACGUCCUCCGCUGGUGGGUCAGCUCGCUCGCAUACGAGAAUGACGUCAAGGUCGACGAAGAGUUCUUCAAACUCGCCGGAGAAAGCUACCGCAAGAUCCGCAACACCCUCCGCUUCAUGCUCUCGAACCUCGACGACUAUGAAACGCAAGCAGAGCCCGACUUCUCCGACUUCCACGUCCACUCCGUCGACGCGUGGGUCCUCGGCGAGUUCAACACGCUCAUCGACAAGGUCACCAGCGCCUACGAGAACUACGCGUUCCACGAAGCACAGAAACUCCUCUACCGCUUCUGCAACACGACACUCUCCGCGGAAUACCUCUCCGCCGUCAAGGACCGCCUCUACUGCGACGCGCCCGACUCCGAGCGCCGCCGUCAGACCCAGCAAACCCUCGCCGUCCUCACCGAUGGACUCUGCAAACUCCUCGCGCCGAUCAUGUGCCACACUGCGGACGAAGCGUACCGCGCCCUCCACAAGGUCGACCAGAAAGACAAGACCACCUGCGUCCACCUCACCGGAUUCCCAUCCAAGGUCAACCUCGAAACCGCGACCGGCUGGCCAAAGCUCUGGGAAGCAAUCGAGCAGGUCAUGAAAGCCGCCGAGGACACACGCGCCAAGAGCGACAUCGACAACCCGCUCGACCUGGGAGUCAGACUCCCCGAUCCAGACUCAACCUUCGAAUGGUUCAACACCGAAGACCUCGCCGACAUCUGCGGCGUCUCCCGUUUCGAACUAAAGAAGGAAGGCGAGGUCGAGAUCACCGACCUCCGAGACCAGCCCCGCUGCGACCGCUCAUGGAAACGAGACACCACCGUCAAACAACGCUCCGACGGUGGCAUGCUCUCCGACCGCGACGCGCAAGCACUGGGACUCGUUUAA